CUCAUCAAACUCACUCAACAUUUCAUUUUUCUUAAUUACCCAAUUCAUCAGAUCCAUAUAUAAAACACAAAAUGAUCCCUUAAACUUCACCAGCAUCUCUCUCUCUACACUGAACAAGAUCAUUUAUCAUGUCAUCUCCUAGAGACAGAGGAAAGAGCUUGAUGGAAUCAUCAGGAUCAGAGCCACCGGUGACACCAAGCCGUUACGAGUCACAGAAGAGACGCGACUGGAACACUUUCGGACAGUAUUUGAAGAACCAGAGACCGCCGGUUCCCAUUUCACACUGCAACUGCAAUCACGUGCUUGAUUUCCUAAGGUACUUAGACCAGUUCGGUAAGACAAAGGUGCACGUGCUUGGCUGUAUGUUCUACGGCCAGCCUGAGCCACCAGCUCCUUGCACGUGCCCUCUCAGACAAGCUUGGGGAAGUCUCGACGCUUUGAUCGGACGGCUGAGAGCGGCUUACGAGGAGAACGGUGGUUCUCCGGAAACAAACCCUUUCGCUAGUGGAGCAAUAAGGGUUUAUCUGCGGGAGGUUAGGGAGUGUCAGGCUAAGGCUAGAGGUAUUCCUUACAAGAAGAAGAAGAAGAAGCAGCCACCGACGGAGAUGGUUGGUGGAAGAGACGACUUUUCUUCUUCCUCCUCUUCCUUCAGCUUCUCUUAAGAUUCUCAUCUUGGUGAAAGACUUUGUGGAUCAAUAGAAUCUCAGAGAGAGAUCAAAUGCAAAAGAGGCCUCAAGUCUACCUACUCAUGAUCAAGAAGUCAAAAAAUGUAAUCUUCAAUAUAUCUUCCCCCAUUUUUACCGAUUUUCAUCCACUUCUUCAAUUCCGUAGCUAUCAAUCGGUUAUAUAUAUCAUAUCUAUUCUCUUAUUAUGCUCCUUUUGAAUAAGUAAGUGUAUAGAUUAUAUAUACUUAAGAAAGUUUGUUUUGCACUUCUAUGUCAGCGUACCUCUUUGUCUUGUAUAAGUCCAACAUAUUGGACUAAUUAUGUGAUAACAAUGGAUAAUGAUGGAGUAGCAGAAUCUGACCAUUUUGUAUG